AUGUAUAAAUUAUUUACAGACAGGGAAAUCAGAUUAAGAGGCGGAGGAGCGAACUCGGGUCGGAUCGAGAUGAGAUAUAACGACAGCUUCUGGGCAGUAUGCAUUGAUGGAUUCGAUAUCAAAAUGGCUGACGUUGUCUGUAGACAACUUGGGUUUCGACGCGGUGCUCUUAGGAUGGGCCAAGUAGAUGGUUUCAGCUUCGAAACACUGGACACCUCGCUUGAUACUAUCCUCUUCAGCGCCAGCUGCGUCGGAAAUGAGAACAACUUCGACGAGUGCAUUGAUGUCACGUGGUCCGAGUGGACAUGCUCUAUGGAUAGACAGGUCGCUCUGUUCUGCGCACUUCCUUACUACGAAGGUUGCUACGAAAGCUCAACUCCUGUAGGGAUAGCGGACGAUUCCCAAACGCUCCAAGGCCUUGUUGGACUCUGCAGAAUCUUCAGAUAUGACUACGCCGGCUCUUCUAAGACGGUCGGGGACAGUCACCGCUGUGGAAAUAGUUUGUCUGAAUUCGGUACCCUUGUAGAUGAUUCGUUCUGUACUGAAUUGUGUGGAGAAGAUCCUUACCAGUUGUGUGGGGGAAUAGGAGCCUAUCGCGCCGUUUACUCGACUCUUCUCGGAUCUACUGGUUACACGUUGACCAAUACCAGCGGUUCAAUCACGUCAUAUAAUUACCCAGGCAAGUACGCCGCCAACGACCACCAAGUAUGGGAGGUCAGUUUUAGUUCCACGCACCGCGUUCAGAUUACCUUUCCCGCCUUUAACAUCAAUGUUGAUGACGUCAUCACCGUCUCUGCAGGGAGUAAGAAUGAGACAUUCAAUUCAAGGAGAACGUGGAUAUCCGACCCGAUCUCGUCUUUCGUGGUUCGGUUUGAAAGCAGAUCUUCAGGAACCGGGUUUAUUAUGAAUUACGAAGUUUACAUUCCAAACAUGACUACUACUAAAGUACCAGUACCUUCAACGCAGCAUGUUGCAACAACAAUGACGCCAAACCAAGCAAUGCGUACUACUGGUUUAGGAAUGACUGAUUCUGCAAGUGUAGUUCCGCCACAAGUUCCACCGGCAGAAACAACAACGACCCAUAGGACAACUACCAGGGAUGAAAAAACCCCAGCUUAA